UUAUCGUUGAUGAUAGAUUUUAUCAGCACCACCGGUAUUACAGUUGCUGAUCUUACAAUUGUACACAGAACAAUAUGGCGGCGACGUAAUCUCUUGCCGCAAGAGGUUAAGAGAUAAUUGUGUUUUUACUCGGCAACAAUAGUACUGCUGUAGGAAUUUUGUUUUAUAUGCGCUUGUCGAAAAUGUAAGGUGUUCGUGAAGAUUUCUUCACCUGUGAAGGGACGACAGGGUUCCCUGAUUUGGGUCCUUAUUGGUCUCGUGAUCUCCCAUUCGGUGCACUGCAAGUGACCGAGGUUAUACUCUUCAACUUUUGACGUCUCGUUUAAUAACGACACUAAAGGAGGGAAGUAAAAACUAGCAACAAUGGCUGUGGAGUUUUUAGUGAAUAGAAUGAAGGCCCUAUUUGUUAUCUUAUUAGGCGUUUUUCGAAGAGCUAUGUGCUGUUUCCGUCGACGAAGAAGAUCAUCUUGUGACUCUAUUCCUCUGUCAGCUGUAGGAGUUGUUCCAAAUAUUGUUAAUGAACGAAUGGAAUCGGAACAGUGGGAUCAAUGGGAAGAAAAUCCAGUGGUCGUUGUGCCAGAUAAGCCUUUGAAUAUAGUUCAGACAAAGAUUGAACAAUAUAGACAGCAAGUGACCAAAUCUCCAGAAACUCCAGAGGAAGAGCAUCAGUUGAACUUCUUUGAGGAUAUGACUCCAAAGAUAACAAAACAGACAAGAGUUCUUGUAAGGGAUAAAAGAAAGGAGGAUGGUGAAUUGAAUUCUUCUAAGUUCGCAGUAUCUACUGAUCCUGUGCCAACAAAUGAGCUUCGUGAAUGGGAAGACAAUGCUGCUGGAUGGGAAGAGGAGACAGUGGAAGAAUUUGGUGAUCCAACAAAGGCAUUAAGAGAACAAAGAAGGAGAGAACGUGAAAUGCGUAUGUACAUGCAACAACAAAAGAGAGUGGAACGCAGUUUAAGAUCACAACCACUUGGAGCAAAGAUAGGAUCCUGAUCGGACAUUCCUUUUGCGGAAAGUAACUCAAAGUGCAAUUAUUUUCCGUUGAUAAAGCUAUUUUAUGUAUACAGACGUACAAGUCCCUUUGCACACAAACACAGACCCCAUCGAAUCCGGGCGCAUGAUAAGCGCAAUGAAAUUGGUAAUUAUAAAAUCAAGAGAAUUAUAUGAAAAUCAAAUAUAAUCAAACUCCAAUGUACGGAUUCGUCAAGCGGACCAGUUUGAUAUUCAACCGUACUAGUAAUAUGGAGGCUACUGUGGUAUUACGCUCAUUGCGCGCACGUUUAUUUUUUAUUAUUUAUAAAUCCAAACUUCUGAACUGAGAGUGCAUAUUACAAUGGCAUUUAAGCAGAACUUUUUUGAAAUUUAUACGCAGGCUCGCAUCAACGAAGAAUAUUCCGUGUAUCAUUGCGUCAACUUUCUGGUUAGGUGUCUUCAUGAUGGAAGUCCUGCGUAUAAAUGUUUUUCUUUCUGUUUUUAACGAAUUGGUUUAUUGUACUUUAAAUAUAAUGACAACGCUCAUUCAGAGAAUUCUAUUAAUCUUUUUUUUUUAUAAAGAAAUUGACAAUAGUAUCUGUUUAUUCGUGUCAAAAGGAUUACUCGGUACUCAAUCAAAAUUUGUUAAAUAAUGUACCGCUUUAAUGAUUUAGAAAAUAUUCGAAGAAGAGUAUUGGUGUUAAACAAGACUUAUUUUCAAUUAUUUAUAUCUUCUGAUAUAAUUUGAGCUGUAUAGGAAAAUAAAAUGGCUAUGUUAGAUUCCCGUAACUAUACAUUGUAUUUUCAUUAAAGUGCGUGUGAGAAUUAGCUCUAUAAUCCAAAGUUGUUUGUUUCUAAUUAUAAUUAAUGGGGUUUACUUUAAUCGUAUAAAGUAAAUUUCUCGUUAAAUAUUUUGGCAGUAGUACGGCAAUAUAUGUAAAUCUGUUUUGUUCAUUGUAAACUUGAGGAUACAGUCAGUUGGAUUUUCAUUUUUUAUUAAAAAAUCUGCUAACUUACUGAGUCGAUAAUUUAAUCCACAAGUUUAGAAUUUCAAAUUUAUAAAUAAAAAAUAAUUUUUAAAUCGUUCAUGAGAUCUCAUGUCAGCGAACGCGUAGUGGGCCUCUAAGUAUGUGAAAAACACCAUGAUCAAACCAGAGAUAAAACGCUGAAGUAAAAAUUGGAUCGGCUUAUUGGCAAUCUCCCUACUCAUCUCUGAUUAAAGAGUGGGUAAUAAGUAUUCAUAAUUUAAUUAUGCAUUUGUAUGGUACAUGUAUUGAAUUUGAACUGGCAAUGGAUUCAAGUUAUAUUGUUA